AUGCCUCGAUUAGAUAACGAUAUCAAACUUGAUUUCAAAGAUGUUCUAAUCCGCCCGAAACGAUCAACAUUGAAAAGUCGAGCAGAUGUUGACUUAACACGCGACUUUGUUUUUCGUCAUAGUAAAAAAACCUAUGAUGGAAUACCAAUCAUUGCAUCGAAUAUGGAUACAGUUGGAACGUUCGAAAUGGCCAUUCAAUUGUCGAAAUUGAAAUUGUUUACAACAAUUCAUAAACAUUAUACACUCGAACAAUGGAAACAAUUCGCGGCAGAAAAUAGCGGCAUUCUUCAAAAUGUGGCAAUUUCAACUGGUAUGACAGAAAAUGAUUUCAAGAAACUACGUGAUAUCAUAAAUGCUAUUCCGGAACUUGAUUACAUUUGUGUCGAUGUGGCUAACGGUUAUUCGGAACAUUUCGUUGAAUUUGUUCGACUUGUUCGUAAGGAGUUUCCCGAUAAAACGAUAUUUGCUGGAAAUGUCGUUACAUGUGAAAUGGUUGAAGAGUUGAUUCUUAGUGGCGCAGAUAUAGUCAAAUGUGGAAUAGGACCAGGUAGUGUAUGUACAACUCGAUUGAAAACCGGUGUUGGCUAUCCGCAACUGUCAUGCAUUCUUGAAUGUGCUGAUGCUGCCCAUGGUCUUGGUGGACAUAUUGUUAGCGAUGGUGGCUGUACAAGUCCCGGUGAUGUUGCGAAAGCUUUUGGAGCUGGCGCGGAUUUUGUUAUGCUUGGUGGUAUGCUUGCUGGACAUGAUGAAAGUGGCUCCGGUGAAAUAAUUGAGCGUAAUGGACGCAAAUUCAAGCUUUUCUAUGGAAUGUCAUCGAGAACUGCCAUGGAUAAACAUUCGGGUGGUGUAGCUGAAUAUCGCGCAUCGGAAGGCAAAACAGUUGAAGUGCCCUAUCGUGGUCCUGUCAUUGGUACAGCUCAAGAUAUCCUAGGCGGUGUUCGUAGCUGUUGUACUUAUGUGGGUGCUGGCAAACUGAAAGAACUGAGUCGUCGAACAACAUUCAUUCGUGUUAGUCAACAAUUGAACGAAAUCUUUACUCCGAACACAGUUCAAGGCUGA